AUGCAGCGCGCGAUGCCAUGGCUGGAAACCUUCCAGCUGCUGGACGCCGAGUCUAUCGGGGCCAUAUCCAGCACUAGUCGCCGCUUUGCUAUGCUCGCGCGGCCUAUGCGCUUCACCCACUUCCGCUUUGCGCCAUGCGGCUUAUCCGUCACGGUACCGGACGACGACGACAAUCCGACUAGCGAGUUCCUCGGGGAGGCGGAGCAUCAGAGGCGCACUUCUCGCUUGGAUUUCUGGACAUACGACCGCUCGUGCACUCUUGCCACAUCGAGCGGCUCACGUCCGAGUCCCUCACCAUUGUCAAACUUGACAAGCACACAUGGCCUGAUAUUUUUGCGGGCUCAGCAGGCCUCACCCAACUCACUUGGCGGAACCCCGGCCGUCCUCCCGCCCGCGUUAAAGACCCUCGUCCAUCUGACGCCGAAAUUAGGGGCGCUCUCAACAACGGGUAUAAGCCUCACUCGACCCGCCAUUCCCAACACUCCACAUCCUCUCGACAUGUUUCACGCGCCUGCAUACCGCUACGAUGCCCCCGCGUAUCCGAUCCAGCCCUCGCAAGCCGCGCUACUGGGCCGGUCCCAACCACAACGCCCCCAAGCCCCGCUCCCCGACCCACGCCUCGUGCGCGACCCCGCCUUGGCCCGCAUCGACCCCGCGCUGUGGCCGCCCCUGACGGACGCCGACCAGCUCCAACUGGUGGACGCGGUCAAGGACCACAUGGCGAAGGCCGAAGCACAGGCCCUGCAAGACCGGCUUGUCCUGCCGCAAGGCCCAGUGUACGACUUCGCCACGGAGAUCGCGGCGCCGCCCCUUCCCGCACAACCCCGGCCAUCGCCCAGCCCGACGAAGCCGCGGCGCGGCCGCAAGUCCACCGGCGGAAGCCAUGGCACGCCAACGAAGCCUGCCGCGGCCGCGGCCGCCGUCCGCUUUGACCCGAUCCACAACCUCACGCCUGCGUCUCCUGUUCGCGGCGCGGCAGUGACCGUAGUCCGCGCCUGCGCGCUGGUGUGUUGCCUUACGCCAGGCAACAUCGAGACGGUCGUUGGCGAGGCUUGGAAGGCGCGCAACGGCGGGGACGUGACGAAGGCGGUGUGCCCCGGGUGCGGGGCGGGGUUUGCGAGUAAGAAAGGGCUGAAGGGCCAUUUGGUCGGCGGGAAAUAG